AUGCGCUCCCGUGCAUUCCUGUCGCUACUCUCCAGCGCUCUUCUCUACGGCGCUUUGGCUGCUUUAGUCUCCCUUGAUGCAGACGCGACCGUUUCAGCUGAUGCAGACGCGCUGCUUGGGCUUGAUGCAUGUCCCGAUCCGGCCAAGGCGAAUUACGAUUUUAUAGUGGUUGGCGCCGGGGUUGGGGGCGGUCCUGUUGCUUCGAGGCUGGUCAAGGCCGGCUUCUCGGUACUGCUUGUUGACGCGGGGCACGAUGUUACGACCGUCAACUCUACCAUCCCAUUCUACUUCGGCCGUGCCAUAGAGGACCCCGCCUCCGAAUUGAAUUACAGCCACUCGCAAUACUCUCUUGGCGCCAAGUUCCCCCGCGAUGGCGAAUGGUACCCCCGCGCGCGCGCCUUGGGUGGCUCGACCAUCCACAAUGCUAUGAUCAACCACAUUGGGUUGACGCGCAAGGACUUCGACGCCAUCGCUGGCAUGUUCAACGAUUCGACUUGGAGUUACGAUCACAUGCGCUCAUACUUCACGAAGCUCGAGCGCAAUUUGUACGCUGAAGCGGGCGAUGCGAAUCACGGAUUUGAUGGAUGGCUUACAACCAGCUUGAACCCCACACAGAUAAUUGUGUUGCCACAAUUCGCCGACAAUCAAUUACUCGACGUCGUAGGUACCAUGGGCAGCUUCCCUCCCGGGGUAAUCUCCGACAUCAAUGCUGCGGAGACGGAGGCUGCCUUUGGCGCAGGCGUUCCCUCCUACACCAUCUCAGAAGUCCACAACCGGUCGUAUGUUCACGACUUCAUCCGCGACACCCACGCCGCGGCGCCGAAAAAGUUGACGCUCGCCACGGACACGCUCGUCACCAAGAUCCAGUUGUGCAAGAGCAAGAAGACCGGAAAGCCCCAGGCCUAUGGUGUCCAACUAGUUCCCAAUGCGGCCCUGCCCGUCGCAAGCAAUUUUAACGGCAAGAAGAUCCUAGUACCCAAACUUGUCACCGCAAAAUACGAGGUCAUCAUCAGCGCCGGCGUGUUUCAAACCCCGCAACUCUUGAUGCUCUCCGGAAUCGGCGACAAAAAGCAACUCACCGCCAACGGCAUCCAACCCAUCGUGAACCUUCCCGGAGUCGGCGCCAACUUGCAGGAUCAUGACGAAUUGUCCGUCAUCUGGACGCUCAAGCAGAAUCAUACUCUCUAUAAUGGUUGCACGGUCCUUUACGACGGCAAGGAUGACCCAUGCUUAGCCGAAUGGAGUGCAACAGGCGGGCAAAAUCUUUACUCGCUCGGGGCUGCCCUUUGGAUGCUCCAGACGAACAGCACCCCGGGGUUAACGGAGCCAGAUAUCAUGGUCUAUUGGUUCCCUGCAUAUUUUGCGGGCUUUUAUCACGGGUUUCCCGAACAGAUUGCAAACGUCCACAACGCACUGACGGCCAUCACCCUGAAAGCGCACCCAUCGUCGCGCGGCACCGUCCAACUGACUGGCCCACAUCCACAGGACAAGCUCGUCAUCAACAAGCACCGCUUCGAGGGCCCAGGAGGUCCAGCAGACAUCGCAUCCCUGCGUGAAGGCGUCAAGAUCGCACGCUCCGUCGUAGCGCAAACCGGUAUCAUAGAUCAUGUCGACGCCGAGGUAUAUCCCGGACCGCAAGCGGCCAGCGAUGCGCAGAUCGAGGACCAUGUAUUGCAGAGGGUGUUUGGACACCACGCGUGUUGCACGGCAAAAAUUGGCGCCGAUGGUGAUCCAACUGCCGUCCUUGACAACAACUUCCAAGUCCGCGGGGUCGGCAACCUGCGUGUGGUCGACAUCAGCUCAUGGGCAAAUGUUCCUGGAUGGUUUGUCACAACGCCAACGUACAUGAUAUCGGAAAAGGCCGCUGAUAUCCUGAUUGCACAAUACUCUUAG